UCUUCUCUCUCAUUACCUUUUUCUUUUUCUUCAUGUACUUCAUUGUUUACGAAGUGUGUGGUUGCAUCUUCCAACAAUUCUCUAUUGAAACUCCAUAAAAUCACCACCACUUAUCCCUGUUCACUUACACUAGUUUAUUCAUUUACACUAGUUUAUUAGUACUACAAAUUGAAGUGAAAUGUUAAUUGGAUGACCGAGUGAAACCCCCUAGGCAAGCUACACCAUGAAGUCACCAUUUUCGGCACCCAGCAGAAGAACAAACAAACCGGAGGUAUUACUAAUCUGAGAGACAAAAAUAAAACAAUUGUAUUCCUCUUCAUUCCAUUGAAUUUGAACCCUUCAUAUUUCUUUCAAACAAUUUUCUCAGUAUUAUUCUUUCAAUUUUCACUCCAUCAAUCAAUCAAUCAUGUUCAACUUCCCUAGAACCCUAAUUUAUCUCAAAACCGUAACACCACUAUCCCCAAACCCUAAUCCUCUUCUCCACCGCUACACAUCACUAUUUUCUCUUCAUUUCUCCACCAACACUUCCGAUUCAACCUCGUUUGCAGUCUCCUACCUCAUCCAUAAUUUCGGAUUCUCCCCGCAAUCUGCUUCCAAACUUUGCUCCAAUUACCGUCUUCAAUUCAACACAUCCCAAAACCCUGACUCUGUUCUCACAUUCUUCAUAAACCACAAUUUCUCACAUUCCCAACUCCGUCAUAUCAUUGAAAAAGCACCAUGGCUACUUUCCUGCAACCCCUCCAAAAGGAUCUUACCAAAGUUUCAAUUUUUACUCUCCAAAGGCGCUUCUAACUCCGACAUUGUUAACCUCGUCAGUAAGAACCCUUUCGUCCUCAAAUCAAGCCUCAAGAAUCAAAUAAUCCCAACCUAUGAAUUGGCCUAUAGAUUCUUACAAUCCGACAAGGACACUAUUGCCUGUGCGUUUCAAAACCCGUAUUUCUUCGGAGACAAUCUCGUGCCGCAUAACAUAAAAUUGUUGAUUGAGAAUGGAGUGGCAGACUCAAACAUUGCAAGAUUGCUUCAGGACCAAAGUCGGAUAUUCAAGGAACCUAACAUGCUGAAGUUAGUGAAAGAAUUAAAGGAUUUGGGAUUUAAUCCUUCAAAAACAGAGUUUGGUAUCGCAUUGAAAGCCAAAAUAUCGGUAUCAAAAACCAAGUGGAAAGACAAAGUUGAUGCAUUUAAGAAAUGGGGAUGGUCUGAUGAACAUGUUGUUGAAGCAUUUAGAAAGCAGCCUUAUUGUAUGUUAGUAUCCGUUGUUAAAAUUAAUUUAGUCAUGAGUUUUUGGGUCGAUCAGUUCGGCUGGGAUGCACUUAUCCUACCCAAGAAACCAAUGUUUUUUUUGUUAAGUUUGGAAAAGAGGAUAAUUCCAAGGGCUCAUGUCGUGCAAUUUCUGCUUAAGAAUGGCUUGCGAAAAAAGAAUGCAGGCUUAACAUAUCCAUUUGUAGUGACUGAGAAGAGUUUUCUUGAUAGGUUUAUAAAACGUUACGAGAAUGAGUCUUCUUAUCUAUUAAAGCUGUAUGAGGAAAAGCUCAAUCUUGCAUGCACCACCGACGACAAAACAUGCAUAUCAUGAUCAGAUUUUCAGCUAUAACCAUAGUUAUAGUAGCUGUGUAAUUGUGAAGACCUCUUAUUCAUCAGAAUUGAAGCUGCACUUAUUGUGAAGACUUCUCUUACUAGUUAGCAUUAUGCUUUAGAUUGGUAACUAAUUCUUAUGAUUUCUAAAGACUUUUCCUUUUGGUUCUCUAAACAUUGGUGUUUCGGGAAGAUUAGCUAGUUUCAGCAUUUUUGUUAUCUUUAUGAGCCAAUAAGGUACAUUGCUUUAUAUUAUUUUUCUGUUUAGGAGAAUAUCUUAUCCACCUCGAAGAUGUUCUUUUCAUCUUUUCCUUUGAAUUCUAUAUUAUCUGUUUAUAAAUAAUGAAUUGGAAGGUGAGAAUGUAAAUGGUUUUAGUUCAAAUUUAGAGGUGACGUAAAAUCGGGGGUUGGUAAUCCCAGAGAUUGGCCUGUUAGUGAAGGUUUUGGUCCUGAGAGGGUGCUAUUUUCAAAAUGUUAGGUUCGAAUCCCGCUAGGUGCUAAUAAUUUUUGUGUUGGGCGUAAGUCCAUACAGAGCUUACCUCUGACUCUAAAUGGAUCAUUGCAAGUGGACGUUGAGAAUGGUGAUAGAGCUUACCUCUGAAUUAGUCGGUUGUAAGGCCGGAUACAAAGUUUGCAAAAUAAAAAAACUGGGUGGUGGUAGUAAUGACGAUGCAAGUGGUGAAUGGUGAUAGAGACUUUUCAAGUGGAUCAAAAUGUAACAAGAGUGUGGUGAAAACAACAGGAACAAGAACUUAGAGUGGUGCGGUGAUGGUGAAACAACCUCAAGAUGUGAAGAAGUCAAACAGAAUUCUCUCAACAGUGCGGACAACCAUACUUUGUGCCAAUUGGUCACUUAAUUGAUUGAAGAAUCAUAAAGUAAUAGAAUACUCAUUUUAAAAUUAUCCACAACCUCCGUGAAGGAAAUCAAAGUUCAAAUUAUAUGACAAAGCUAGGCGAAUCUACUAACAAGAAUCACCUCAUUCACACCUUCCUUCUUCCAAAAUUGAGUUAGAUCCUUUCAACAUCAACUGAUGUUGAAGGAAUUUUUUUUUUAAGAAUUUAAUUUUUUCCCCCUCUUUUUAUUUGUUUUGUUUUGUAACCAAAAAAGGUGUUAACUCUAAUGGUUUGUUUAUUUUAAGUGAAAUUGAAAAAAGAAAUAUCAAGGGAAGUGAUUGCCUAACUUUAGCACGCAGGUUACCCGACUUUGAGUGCAUAUAUGAACUACAUGAUCAAUUUUAUGCAUUUUUUCAAGCUUCGAUUUUUCCUAUUUCAAAUGUAUUUUCAAAAAACCCAAUUAAGAUCUUUGUGUUUAUUUGGAUUUAAUGAAAAAAGUGAGUGUGGUGCUCCUUGCAAUGUCCUAAAUGAUUUUUCUAGUGAAAAAAAAAACUUUCUUUACACACAUUGAAGAGAAACAUUUUUUUGAGCUAAAAGAAAUAACUUAAUUUAAUUUCUUAAUAGAAAGUUUAAUUCUCCAUUUUUAUUCAUGAAAAGAA